CUCGGAUGUUUAUGCACUACUUAAGUAGAGACUGGGUUUGUUACCAGGAUUGGGUAUCUUUUGAUGCUCUAAGUGGUAUCCUCCUUAGGUGGGUAGUUGGGAUUUUCCGCACUGAUUUGGCAGGCACAAACAAGGCUUUUCACGUGCGGACUGCUACCGGUGUAAGUGCCAACUUUUUGAGGGGCUGGUGCCAUGCAAACUUGCCAACCUCCACCCCCAGCUCACCGCCAAGACCCCGGAAAGCACGUUGUCGUGCGACAACAGGCCCGUCUAAUGGCAACCAGAAACAAAACGCCGGGCGUUGUUCUACAAGGCGCAAAUGCACAGAGGAUGACGAAAGCGUCGUGGAGGGUUGGUGGCGGCCGAAGACCGAAGACCGAAGACUUAAUGGAUGUCGAUGCGUGGGAGAGCUCAGAGCAGAUGGGGGCACCAUCCCACGAUCAAGGACAAAUCAAGCCCCCUGGCCGGUAACCCGCUGCAGUGGACCGUCCGACUUCGAGCAAAGCCAUGGGACCCGCCGCCACGAGACGGACAAAUCCAUGCCUGUCACCGAUGGAUGCAUUGAUGCUAGUUAAUGAGAGCGAGGGACCUUUCGAAGCAAGGGCUGAUCCCAACCUCGUCAAGCGGACGACAUCGACUGCCCAAAAAGCU